AUGAAGUUCACUUCCAUUUCCAGUCAUCUCGUCAUCCUUUUGGGGGCUUCUUUAUGGGCUCCAGAGGCAAACGCCCUCUGCUCCAAUUCUUCCCGAUCAACCUUUAAACACCCUGGCCUACUUCACACUGCCAAAGACUUUGACCGCAUCACCGGUCUCGUCAACGCCCAGAAGGAGCCAUGGACGAUCGGCUGGAGCAAACUCAAGACACGCGCAAACUCUGCUUACACCCCCAAUCCCAAGGAAACGGUGUGCCGUGGCGGCGCAGGUCGCGAAUGUAACCCCGAAAACUAUCCGUCUCUCUACCGCGAUGCCCACGCCGCCUACACCAAUGCCAUUGUAUGGAAGAUCACCGGCGACGAGGCACACGCCAACGCGUCGGCUCGCAUUCUUGAUGCUUGGAGUGACUCGCUCGUCUACAUCAAUGGCUCUUCCGACAAGUUCCUGGCUUCCGGUAUCUAUGGCUUCCAGCUCGCCAACGCAGCCGAGAUCUUGCGUGAGUGGAAGGGAUGGGACGGCUUGUCUGCGAUGACCGAGAUGUUGCAGAGAGUCUUCUACCCCAUGAACCACAACUUCCUUGUCAACCACAAUGGCGCAUCCAUCGACCAUUACUGGGCCAACUGGGACUUGGCCAAUAUGUGCACCAUGCAGGCUAUCGGAAUCUUGUCAGACAACAAGACUAUGUACAAUGAGGCAGUCAACUACUUUAAAAACGGUGCUGGCAAUGGCGCCAUCAAGAUUGCUAUCUGGGAAUUGCAUGAAGAGGAAGGGUCUGGCAAGGUCCUUGGUCAAGGCCAAGAGGCUGGUCGUGACCAAGGGCAUGCUCUGCUGGACUUUGCUUUCUUGGGCGUUUUUGCGCAACAGUCUUACAACCAGGGUGAUGACUUGUUUUCGUACCUCGACAACAGAAUUUUGGCAGGGUCGGAGUACGCCGCCAAGUACAACCUCGGAUUUGAUGUCCCCUUUACCAACUUUACCAACAGUCACGGCACGGCUGUGAAUAUCAGCGAAUCUGGACGUGGCGGUCUUCGACCCAUCUGGGAGCUGCUCUACAAUCACUACGGUGUCAUCAAGGGGCUCAAUGCUUCUUGGACCGAGCAAAUGCGCGACCACGUGGUUGAAGAAGCCGGUGGUGCCGAGGGAGGUGGCGGCGACUACGGCACAACCAGCGGCGGUUACGACCAGCUAGGAUUUGGUACCCUUCUUUACAGAUUGGAGUAG